CCUGCUGAGACGUGACCAGGUUUUAAGUCAGGAAACAUCUCAGCUCCUCUUCUCCUCAGAUCCUCUGCUCGUGAAACGAUGCCGUGUUGCACCAUGUGGCUCCUGCUCGUCCUCUGCCUGUCCACAGCUGCUGGAGUCCCAGUACGUCCACCUCAGGGUGCUACUACUGCUCCUGCUGCUCCUGCUGCUGCUGACACAGGUAAUGUGACGGUCAGUCCGACGCUCGAUGUGCAGCAGCCAAACACUUCACAGCCUUUACUAGUCGGCGCUCUUCCUUUAAAUAAUACCCACAAUGCAACUCAUCCAACAACAGGUGUUCGGGGAGCUUCCUCCAAGCUUGGGUCGUGGCAGAGCGACAGCUCGGAAACUUUAGAGGAGCUUCAAGAAGACCUGAUUGUCCAAGAAGGAGACAUUCUGAUGCCGGAGGUCAGGAACGCUGUGCAGACCCUGUGGCCGGACGCCACCGUCCCUUACGUCAUCAGUCAUGACCUGGCUGAUCGAAAGUCAGACAUAGACACUGCCUUCACAAUGAUCUCAAACGUCACAUGUAUUCGCUUCAAAAUUCACACGAAGGAGCUGAACUACCUGGACAUCAAGGAGGGAGAAGGCUGUGCAUCCUUCGUGGGCUGUCAGGGAGGAGCCCAGUCGCUGUACUAUGGUCGGUCGUGCGGCGUGGGGAACCUUUGCCACGAGCUGGUCCACGCACUGGGACUACAUCAUGAACACACCCGCGACGACCGGGACCAGUACGUCAGCGUGCAGUGGCAGAGCAUCACACCAGGGAGACAAAAUAACUUCAAGGUGAAACAUGGGAACACUCUGAAUCUGCCGUAUGACAUAGACUCCAUCAUGCACUAUGGCUGGUUUUUCUUCAGUCAGGACGGGAGUCCCACUUUGCUGCCCAAGAGGGGGGGGGACCAGAUGGGUCAGAGGACACAUCUCAGCCAGCUGGACAUCCAGAAACUCAACUCACUCUACCACUGUGCCGAGCGGAUGACGCCACAGUGAGCGGGUUUGCUGCUGGUUUGUGCCUCGAGAUGUAAUAAAAUCAUAUUUAUGAACAAAGAA